GUAUAUAAUGCCACUCAACUACGACCACAGCUCGGCGCUAUCGUGUCUAGAACCAGUGUGAAUUUACUCUGUCAGAAAGAAGCGGCUCGACAGACUGCUGCCCAUCGUUACUUUAUUCAGUUGUGGCAGAGAAGGUGUGCUGUGUUGGCACAAGCUGGGCGACAUUUUGCCGAUCAGGUAACCCAACUAACGCAAGGCCUGUUGCUCCGUUUGGACAGCCUUGUCUGCAUCAGGGAUGUCGAAGAGCCAGGCUGUCGAGCCAACUUUUCCAGACACGCAUUUGCAGCUGGCAAGCAAACUUGGCCAAAUGCUGAUCUGACAAUCUUUACAUGUUUAUUAAACUCGUCAAUCAGGGAAUUAGCGCCUUCAACCCUCAGACGGACUCCAACACUAAUGCCAACUAGAAGAGUGGUUAAAGCGCCAAGUUUUAUUGCAUCUCCAGCUCCUACUGUAGUCAGAAUGAAAGGCUCAGCUACAACUGAGGGACAAGCGAACAUGUUUAUAACAGAAAGUUUGGUAAUCCCUGGUAGCAGCUUAAAUGAUGGCGAUGAGAGUGUUGGAAGUAGUGGCAGCGCGACUAAUAGAGAUGGGGCUAGAAGAAACUGCGGUGGCAAACAGUCAAGCUCUGGUACCGAUAAGACUACAUUGGCCCAAGGAGGCAACCUGAUAGAAUCGGCCUCUAGUUCCUUCAGGGAACCAGCAAAAUCUGCCAGCUCGCCAUCACUUGUUGAUGUAGAGACAUCCACAUGCGGCCUGGUGACGGCUAAGACAAGUGAGGCCCACUUGGAAACUAUUCGAGCACGAGAUGUGGCUAUAAAGGCAAGUGACACACGUUGCGCCGUAUUGUCAGUUGGACCGUGGACUUGGUGCAACCUCAGACGUUUCGCCGGCAUCGCCAUUUUCAGCAGUGAAGCCAAUUCCUCGGCCAACUUUCAGGCUAUCAGUCCACAUUCUGUCCUGGCCCAUCUACUCACUUAG